UGCCUUGCUGACUGGAUGUCUGAGCCGACCAUGCUGUGGCGAGCGCUGGACAUGACAUGAAGAGCGGAGAUGGGCAAUUACCACGGUGUGUGUACGGUGUAUCCACGGAGUGAGAAACUCAGCAAAUACCUGACCGAUAGACAGGUGAAGAUCAUUCAACAAACUUGGGCCAUUAUCCGACAGGAUGUCAAGAGAACUGGCAUUAUCAUUUUUACCAAGUUUUUCGACCAAGAGGCUGAAAUGAAGAAAUACUUUCCGAAAAUGGUGACGAUGAAUGAUCGGAAUGAAUUGUCGACGGACAUGGACCGCGAUCGCUUGGAGACGCAUGCGCUGACGGUAAUGGAAGGAUUGGGGGCUGCCGUGGAGAGCCUGGACGACACGGAAUUCCUCAAUAAUGUACUGUUUGCCAUCGGCCAAAGUCACGUGAAGCGAAAAAUAAAACCCUACAUGUUACAAAAACUGUGGCCUUCUAUGGAUUAUGGCUUUAGAGAAGUUCUAAAAGAAAAAUACACCAAAGAAACUAUGGAAGCCUGGAAGAAGGUGUAUUGGUAUAUCAAGGCUCGAAUGAGCGAGGGCAUACGGGAUGCUGAAAGGAAGAAACGGGAGGGAGCCAAAGCGGCUGGAGCUGCGGCCCAUGACGACGAGGAUGAUGCCGACUCAACAUUCGACAACCCUUAUGUACGGGAAGAAAACUGAGAAGUUAGAUUGCUGAAGCCUUUCCCACACCUUCGUGACAAAUGGGCAAUGUAAAGACAAUGCUCCUAUGACACUGGAAUGAUGACAAGAGCGAUAAAUGGCCACUAAUUCUAUGUUGACAAUGUUAUAGGUAAUAAGUAAACAUUUUUAUAAAGUAAAGCAAUGACCUGUUGCAACACGACCUACGUCCCAUCACAGUUUCUAUAGCCUUACAUUCGGUUCUCGUGCAAAAAAUUGCUGCGUCUUAAAUACGUAUACAAAAUCCAGUUAAGCCGUUUGACUGAUCAUAUUGAAGUCCAAGACUUUCAAGUCUGAAAACACUUCAUUGGACCCAUUGUCUUUCUACCCGCAUGCAAAAAUCGUUAUCCCAAACUUAUAAAUUCCUUUCCAAAAUAAGGACCGUUUAGCGUGUAGGAGUGAAAAGCUGUGUUGCAUGUGCAAAGCUUAUGAGAAAUUUAACCGACGAGAAGGGCGGAGGGAAAAUGCGUCCAAUGGUAUUAGACGGAAGUGUCCACGAGACGGAUACCAUGGUUACACGUGACCACAUCUUGGCCUUGAUUCGUGACUCCCACGUGACAGCGUUUCACUGACGUCGUGCAGUGGACGUAUCUUGCCUUACAACUUUUGAUUUACAAUGUGUGUAUAUAUGUAUAACUCCCAAAGAGAACCUUAUGACAGUUGUGAAUGUUUGACUGGAACAUUUGAUGAAAAGUACGUUAUUUUCAAGAAAGCUUUAUUUUCUAUGUUAAGAGAAUGUGGCAAAUUGUUUUACCCAGUGAAAUACAGGACAAGUUUGUUUCAUUUUGAAUGACGCGUAUUUACUAACCGGUGUUUAACUGUUCUAUUCAUGCAGCACACACCUUUGGCAAAUAACUUUACGAUGUAAAACUUCAGUGCAAUUGUUUAGACACUUUAAUGCAGGGAACAAGAGGAAUUCUCAAUAUAAUUUUGUUUUUGCGCCAUAAAAACAAUGUUAGUAUUUUUGCAUUACUCUUAAAACUUCAUCCUCUACAUUGAAUCACUAAUAGCGAUUAUCGCCUUGUUCGUUUCAGACAACAAGUUUAUUUCCUGCUCUCGUGCUUUUUUUCUUCUUUUUAAUGUCUUAAUGAGAUUGUUCGUGUUCAGCUGAUUAAUGUCAAUCUUUUUCAUACUGUAGUCGAUUUUGCCAGUUCUUUAUUUAUACAGACACAUUAGGGGGCUUGUAACCGUCAAUUCAUUGUAUAAUAGUUAGGCUUUCUUUCGAUUGGCGGAGCCUAACUAUACAUAGCACUGCCUUUUGUUACGGUCACUUAUUUUCGAUUAUCUACCAUAUAUUAAUACUGUUUGUUCUUGUGCUGCUGUAGAAUGUUGAUGUUUAUGUCACUGAUAUGAAGAGGUUCGAUUAAAUUGUGUAAUUCUUAAACUGUAAUUGUCAUGUAAUUUCUAGCAUGAGGGCAUGUUGUCUAAUAGAAGAACAUUGUCUAAUAGAAGAACAUUGUCCUUCAUAGAGUUAACCUUAUUUCUCGGAUAUUAUAUCGCAAUAAGAGAUGAUUAUUACAAUCGAAAAAAUGCAUAUAAUGUAUUAGGAUACGAGAUCAUUUAUUGAUUUGUACACAGGAUUAUUUGAAUGAUUGUAGUACAAGAGAAUUGCCAUGUUUGUGGAAGAGUUAAAAAGAACAUCC